ACAUGCUGAUUAUGCAAAAUUACUUUUCAGUUUACGUUACCUUUAGGCUGGUCGAAAACCAAGCAUGACAACGACGUGAUUUUGGAGUGCGCAACGUCACUCGAAUGCUACGCAGUGGUGAAACGGAAGACAAGCGAUCGCUGGUAAAAAAAAAAAAAGAAAAAAAAGAAAAAGGAGAAACCACACACACUCUUGGAACACACUUUCACCCCUUCCAUCCCCUCCAUCCAAUACAUCAACGUGACAAAACCCCACAGAGACGGCGGCAUUGACAGACAGUUCCCAAGACACAAGGCAGGGUAAAGGAGAGAAGGCUUGUGACAGACCGACCAUGUCGGCACAAAGGAAGGGAGCAGCGGUAAAGCUGCGAAAAUGUGCCUUUUGCAAGACAAACCGGGACAAGGAGUGUGGACAGUUGUUAGUGUCGGACAACCAGAAGGUGGCAGCCCACCAUAAGUGCAUGCUUUUCUCCUCUGCCCUGGUUACAUCUCCCUCAGACAGUGGUGAAAACAUUGGGAGCUUCUCUGUCGAGGAUGUCAAAAAGGAGAUCAAGAGAGGGAAUAAACUUAUGUGUUGGUCCUGCCACCGGCCUGGUGCAACCAUUGGCUGUGACGUGAAGACAUGCCGGCGGACAUAUCACUACUACUGCGCAAUAUGGGACAAGGCCCAAGUCAAAGAGAAUCCAUCCCAGGGGAUUUACCUUGUGUAUUGUCGCAAACACCGGGAUGCCUCCCAGGAUGCCAGUGAAGAUGAACAGGAACAGGGAAGUGUGGCCAAUGACUCUGACUCCUCCCCUCCACGGAGUAGGGGCCGCGGGAGAAUCGAGAAGGAGAGAAUCAAGGCUGGAUCUCGUGGCCAAUCGGAGGACACCCGUUCCACCUCCUCACAAGGUGUAGAUGAUGAGAGCUCCUCACAUAGGGACAGAUCUCCUCUGAGGGGUUCUGGGGACGGUGGCCAGCGAUGUGGCUUCUGCCACGCCGGGGAGGAGGAGAAUGAGACACGGGGUGUACUCCAUAUGGAUAAUGGAAAAAAGGUUGCGGCACAUUACAAGUGUAUGCUGUUCUCGUCAGGAACCGUCCAACUCACUACCUCCUCAAGGGCUGAAUUUGGGAACUUUGACAUCAAAACGGUCAUACAGGAAAUCAAGAGGGGGAAAAGAAUGAAAUGUACACUCUGUUGCCAGUUGGGAGCCACCAUUGGCUGUGAGAUCAAAGCCUGUGUGAAGACGUACCAUUAUCACUGCGGCCUGCAAGACAAGGCCAAGUACAUAGAAAACAUGGCUCGUGGCAUCUAUAAGUUGUACUGUAAGAAUCACAGUGGGAAUGAGGAGCGGGAUGAGGAAGACGAGGAGAGGGAGAGCCGCAGCAGAGAGAGGGCAGCCAUUGAUCACGGGGGAACACUGCCUCCGUCACAAGUGAAUGGCAACUAGGUGAUGGUUAAGGAUUGCAAAAGGAUGAGAAGAGGGGGUUAUCCUAGAUGGAGCGACGAUAUUUUUCUAUUGAGUUCUACUCCUGAAUUAGGGGCCCUGGCUUCUUCACAAACCUCUUUCAUAUUGUCAAGUUUCUAUAAUGAGAAAUGGCACAGACUGACUGGAAUACUCUGCGGAGAGCAAACCCCUCCUGGGUGAAGGCAAAGCAUGAGAACCGGGGUCAGUGCUCCUCAGUUGUGGUCUCCCUCUAAUACAUGUUGUAUUGCUCUUAAAGAAGACAUAACUGGACAGAGUUAUCGAAUGUCACUGUAUCUGGCUUCCUAUGUGCCCCACAGUGGUCUAGUCCUAAACAAACAAUAUUAUUUUUCCUCUAGCUCUUUUUUUUAUUAUUUUUCCUUCUUCCAAAUCGUGGAACUUUAUUAACUUUGUUGCUGUAAUGUUCUGUCUCAAAAUUCCUUUUGUCUUAUUUUUCUUUGAAAUGUGUAUUAUAUUUUACUACUGUAUCAUAAUCAUAAUAUUGAAUAUCCAUGGCUUUCUUUAUAGACUGAGUCAGGAUUAAACUUAAUCUGCUAGCAUGCAGCACUUGGAUUGUUUAUCUACUAUCACAAGUGGUUUUCAUUUUUUAUAUUGCUCCAACAUGCCCAUCCCGACUUCUUAUAAGAAAAAAAAAACAUUCGUUUUUGCACGAAUCAAAUUGACUCAGUAUUCACAACUGUAUUCGUGAAGGGUUGCAAUUAUAGGCUACUACAAUAUGCAUUUUGUAUUAAACAUUAUCAUUUAUUAUGCUGGUGAAAUUUAAACCAAGAAAAAGAAAACAUUUUGAUGUUGUCCAUCAGGUGGCAUUAUUCCUUCAUCCUUUAUAAUCUGAACAUUUUGUACCAAGCAUAUUUUUGAAAAGCUUCCAUCUAUUAUUUUUGUUGAACUCUUCAACAUGUGCUAGAUCAAUGUAAUGUAAUAUCCCUCACAAAUAGUGGUUGUUGGUGGAAGCUUUUUAUCGAUUGGAGAAAUUAGUGAAGAAUGUCACCUGGAUGUUGACCAGAGCACGAAAGACAUUAUUAAGUGGGGACACCUUCAGUAUCAUCCCAGUCAACAACAAUAUUCUAAGGGCCAACCGGCCAGAUGUCUAAAUGGUUGUGUUUACUGUGUUAACUUCAGAUUUGAUCACAUCCACUUGAAGUAACUUUAUUAUUGGCAAUAAAGCAUACUACAGUCAGUUUAACAGUAAAGCAGGUUUAAAAUUGA